CUAUCGGCAGUGUCGCACCAGCAGCAGCUACAGCAACAACAAAAACGACUACGGCGGCGACACGGUACCACCAACUCACCGUUCUCGUCCAAAGACCAUCGAAAUAUCAAAGACAAUCUCGAUCGCGAUUUUCCCGCUCACCGUUACGACGACUUUUGCGCGUCGACGCCACACGAAAUUACAACCGAAUCUUAUCCAUUUCGUCGAUACCUAUUCAAUUUGUUUCGAUAAAAUUUCACUUGAAUCUGCAACGGUCGCGUGAACGACAAUAAUACUAUAACUAUAGAUACGCGUUUAUAAAUUGUUGCGUCGGGCGCUUUCGACCGGAUUUUAUUAGCCGCAGCGUCACCGUCAGCAGCCGAUCACAGACCUCUCCGCUCGUCUUGCCGAUACGUACGCCACAUACCGGCAGAGAGCGCGGUUCGCCCAGUCCAACGACGACUACGACCACCACCUCCACCAUAGCCGCCGACCGACCGACGAGAUAAACGUCCAUCGAUAUCGUUUUUUUUUAACAAAAUAAUAAUAAUAAUAUAAUAUAAUAUUAUUUAUUUAUUGUAUACACCUACCUAUAUAUUAUUACUAUCUGUUUCGUACAUCGAAAUAUCGUAAUCAUAUCGUACACACACACAGGCGCGCCCGUACACCCGCACACACCGCACACCGAUAUUAGCGCACGCGCACGCACACACCCGCGAAACCGGUAUGUCAGCUGUGGCGGCGGCGGCGGCGUCGGCGGCGGCGACCGCGACGGACGACCCGGACGGAUACGAAGCCGGCAGUCAGGAGGACGACAUGGGAGCCGCCGAACGGGAUUUGGCCGAGGACGCGCGCUGGAAGCUUAUCCAGCAGAACACGUUCACACGAUGGGCCAACGAGCACUUGAAGACGGCCGGCAAGGCCAUCGGCAACCUGGAAACGGAUCUAGGAGACGGGCUCCGGUUGAUCGCUCUUAUCGAAGUGCUCAGCGGCAAGCGGCUGCCCAAGCACAACAAGCGGCCCACGUUCCGGUCGCAGAAGCUGGAGAACGUGUCCGUGGCGCUCAAAUUCCUGGACGACGAGAACAUAAAACUGGUCAAUAUCGAUUCUUCCGAUAUUGUUGAUUGUAAAUUGAAAUUGAUUUUGGGAUUAAUAUGGACGUUGAUUUUACAUUAUUCUAUAUCGAUGCCAAUGUGGGAUGGCGAAUUUGGUGGCGAGCAAGUACCAAACGAAAAAGGAGCAACACCGAAACAAAGAUUGCUGAACUGGAUCCAGAGUAAGGUUCCCGAUAUACCGAUUUCGAAUUUCACUACAGACUGGAACGACGGAAAGGCCGUCGGCGCUUUGGUCGAUGCCGUGGCUCCGGGCUUAUGUCCGGAUUGGCAGGACUGGAAAUCUAACAACGCACUUAAAAAUGCAUCGGAAGCCAUGGGCUUGGCUGACGAUUGGCUUAACAUCAAACAACUCAUCAAACCCGAAGAAUUGGUCAGUCCCAACAUGGACGAACAAUCCAUGAUGACCUAUUUGUCUCAGUACCCGAACGCAAAGUUGAAACAAGGAGCACCGAUUAGAUCGAAAACCAACCCGAGCCGCGUUCGCGUUUAUGGUCCCGGAAUCGAACCCUCUGGACCAGCCGUGGGAGCCAAAACGAAUUUCACGGUUGAAACGUUUUCCGCCGGCAAAGGCACAGUCAAUGUGUCUGUGGAAAACCCCAAAGGAAAAGCUGAACCGGUUGAUUUGGUUUUCAACAACGACCGAAGUCAAACUUAUACGGCCACGUACAAACCGGUCGUCGAAGGACCGCAUAAAGUGCACGUGAACUUCUCAGGGGUACCGACUCCGAAAUCUCCGUAUCACGUUAACGUGGAUGCGUCGGCUGGCGACCCAAACAAAGUAAAUGUCUUCGGGCCAGGUAUACAGCCCGAAGGUGUGUUCACGAACCGACCAACUUAUUUCGAAAUCCAUACGAAAGAUGCCGGAAAAGGUGUUCCUGAGGUGAUAAUUCUCGAUCCUGCUGGCCGAGAGAACACAAUACCGGUGAAACUCAAGAAAGAACCUAACGGAGUGUAUAUAUGCGAUUACACGCCGGUCGUCCAGGGAGUGCACUCUGUCAAUGUUUUCUUCGCAAAUCAACCUGUGCCGUUGAGCCCAUUUGCUGUCGGCAUAUCGAAUGCAUCUGACGCUAAACGCGUAAGAGCCUUUGGACGAGGUAUACAACCACACGGCCUUAGAGUCCAAGAUGAAGCAAAGUUCAAAAUUGUCACCGAGGGAGCAGGCGAAGGCGUUCCAGAUGUGAACGUAAUCGGACCGGGUGGAGUCAAAGAACCCGUAAACAUGAAAAAACUCGACGCACACACGUAUGAAGCAACGUACUAUCCCAGGAAAGUCGGUCGACACGUGGUGAUGGUGACGUUUGGAGGGGUGGAAAUCCCUAAAGCACCGUUCGAAGUGCACGUCAACCCAUUCAAGGAGACUUUGAUUCGUGCUUACGGACCUGGACUUACCGGAGGUGUAGUUUCGCAUCCAGCGAUGUUCACUGUUGAAACUAACGGAGAAACCGGUUCGCUAGGAUUCAGUAUCGAAGGGCCGUCAAAGGCGAAAAUCGAUUGCCAAGACAACGGCGACGGAUCGGCGGACGUCAGGUACUAUCCGAUGGCGCCAGGAGAGUAUGCUGUGCAUAUAUUAUGCGAUAACGAGGACAUACCUAAGUCACCCUACAUGGCCAACGUUGUGCCCAGUUCGGAUUUCUAUCCCGACAAGGUGAACUGUUACGGCAGUGGACUGCAACCGAAUGGCGUCAUACAAGGAAAACCGGCUGAAUUCGUGGUGGACACGAAAAAGGCCGGAGUAGCUCCACUUGACGUAAAGGUCAUCGAUUCGGGUGGCAACUUUGUAGAACCCAUGUUGAAAGACAACAAAGACGGUACAUUUUCUUGCAAGUACGUCCCGAAGUCGAUAGGCAAACACACGUUACAGGUCAGUUACGGAGGCGUCGCUGUACCAAAAAGUCCGUUCCGCGUGUUCGUGUCACAGCCGUUGAACGCCAACAAAGUACAAAUAUUUGGACCCGGUAUCGAAUCCGGCGUCAAGACCAACAAACCCAAUCAUUUCACCAUCGAUUGUUCCGAUGCCGGAAUCGGCGAGCUGAACGUGAAUCUGGUAAACGAUAAAGGAGUCAACGUGCCAUUGCAGGUCAACGAUAACGAAGACGGUUCGUUCCUCAUUGACUACGUCCCGACCAACUCGGGCGUUCACAAUUUGAAUUGCACUUACGGUGGAGUCAAGGUGCCUGAUUGCCCGAUCAAAAUCAACGUACAGUCUCCGGUGGACUUGUCCAAAGUCAAAGUGGAUGGUCUCGAAACGCUGGCUCCGGUCAACAGUCUGCAGCAGUUCCGGGUGAUGACGCGGGAAGCCGGUAGGGCGGAAUUCGCGGUGGUGAUCACAGGCCCGUCCGGUGGUUCGGUGACGGCGCACGUGGUGCCCGUCGCCGAUGGUUACGUAGUGAACUUCACGCCAACCGAGGUGGGCGAGUACCGACUGAGCGUGACUCUGGGUGGCGAACAGGCGGGACGGCCGUACCGUAUGACGUGCACGCGGGCCAGCGACCCGGGCAAGGUGACGGCCCAUGGGCCGGGCCUGGCUGGUGGCCCGGUCAACCGGCCUGCUGAGUUCACCAUCGACACGAAACGCGCUGGCCAGGGUGGCCUGGGCGUGACGGUCGAGGGCCCGUGCGAGGCGGCCAUCAAUUGUCGAGACAACGGGGACGGCACGUGCUCGGUGGCAUACAUGCCCGUCGAGGCCGGUCACUACGUCGUCAACAUCACAUUCGAUGACCACCCGAUUCCUGGGUCGCCGUUCAACGCGCUGGUCGGUGGUCGGGCGGCCGGCGAUGCGCCGCGGCCGCCCAACAACGUCAAGGCGUCCGGCAACGGUCUGCUGGCCAAUGGUGUUUUAUUGGGAUCACCGACUGACUUCUCCGUGGACUCACGAGCAGUCGCAAAGUACGGCCAAGGGGUCGUUACGUGCACGGUAACUAAUCCAUCUGGCACCAGGACAGAAACGUUCAUAACGCCUCAAAGCGACGGAACAUAUAAAAUCAGUUACACUCCGUUCGAAGCAGGACCACACACCAUCGACAUUUAUUACGAUGGUGUGCCUAUAGUCGGCUCACCGUUUUCUGUGAACGUGAGACGAGGAACUGACGCGAGCAAGUGCAGAGCUUUUGGACCGGGUGUGAGCCAUGGAAUUAUCCACAAAGUUAAUACUUUCACCGUCGAAACAAAAGGAGCUGGCACUGGCAGCUUAGGUUUGGCCAUCGAAGGACCUUCCGAGGCGAAAAUGACGUGCGUUGACAAUCGCGAUGGUUCUUGUACGAUCGAAUACAUGCCUACAGAAUCUGGUGUUUACGAUGUGAGCAUUCAGUUCGCUGAAACACACAUUCCCGGAUCACCGUUUAAGGUCCAAGUCGAUUGUCCUGAUCGUCCUGCAACCACCAAUGACAUCAAGGUGAGUGGGCCAGGCAUCAACCCAAAAUAUAUCAGGGCCAACACGCCCAUCACGUUCAAAGUGGACGCUUCGAAAUCUGCUAAAGGACACGUAGACGUGAAAAUAGGAAACGACAAAGGUGUGUUACAACCGAAACAACCAAUUAUUCGAGACAAUGAAGACGGUACCUAUGAUGUUACUUACACUCCUAAUCCAGAAGGCGCUCUACUUGUGGCCAACGUAUUGUACAACGGACAUCAUGUACCAAAUAGUCCUUUUAAACUCAGAGUUCGGCCUAAGUUCGAAUUGGAUAAAAUCAAGAUCGAAGGCCCCGGCGUAUCCGACUCUCGAGGUAUCAAGGCUUCUGUUCCCACGUAUUUCGUCGUGGACGCUACUGACGCUGGUUCCGGAAAAUUGGACUUGAGAAUUAUGGGACCCGAUGGUUUUCCCAGGCAGGUGGACAUCGAAAAGAAGGACAAUUUAUACAAAAUCAAGUAUACUCCGGAUGACUGCGGUCGGUACACGAUCGAAGCGCUAUAUGAUGGCAAACCAUUACCGCAAUCGCCGAUUCAAGUACAGGCGUACUCCACUGGAAAUGCGGACAAUUGUCGUAUCACGGGGAACGUAGAGAGCCGAAUACUGACGGGUAAAAACCACAGCAUCGUCGUGAACGCCAGGAGCUGCGGUGACGGGAACUUGACGUGCCGGAUAAGACCGGUGGACGGGCAUUUCUUCGUAAACACAGAAGUUGUGCCGAAAAACGAUGGCACUUACGUGGUCAACUAUUCGGUAAAAGAGCCCGGGGACUACACGUUGACGAUGAAGUUCGGCGGUCAGCCAGUCAAAGACGGGUUUUACAAAUUUACGGUCACCGAAGAUACGGUCGGAGUAAAAAGGUUGCCCAGAGACUUUGCCGAGCAACUGCGCUUCGACGAGUACGCGCAACAGACGAUCACCACUACCUCCAAGACCACCUCCACCACCACCGACGAGUAUAGGCCCGUGGCUUUGGACAAGAUACCGGUACCUUCGUGCGGCGGACAUUUGACAGCUGAUAUUGCGAUGCCGAGCGGUAAACGAGACCAACCGUCCGUCGAGGAUAAUCACGAUGGAACAGUCUCACUUAAAUACGAUCCCAAGGAAGAGGGCUUGCAUGAGUUGUUCGUUAAGUACAACGGAGAAAACGUUCAAGGUUCGCCAUUCAAAUUCCACGUCGACUCCAUCACCAGCGGCCACAUCACAGCUUACGGGCCGGGGCUCAUGCACGGCGUCAGCGGAGAACCGUCCGACUUCACCAUAUACACGAAAGGAGCCGGAGCCGGUGGUCUUUCGUUGGCAGUGGAAGGUCCCAGUAAAGCGGAUAUCAGUUGUCACGAUAACAAGGACGGCACAGUGUCUGUCACUUACCUGCCGACAGCACCCGGCGAAUACAGGAUUUCCGUCAAGUUUGAGGACAAGCACAUCAAAGGAAGCCCGUACAAUACAAAAGUCACAGGCGAAGGCCGAAAGAGGAACCAGAUAUCCGUGGGCUCAUGCAGCGAGGUAUCGUUGCCCGGCAAAGUGCUGGACAAGGACUUCCGGCUGUUGAACGCAUCGAUUCAAGCCCCGAGUGGUCUGGAAGAACCUUGCUUCUUGAAACGCCUGGUAAACGGCAACUUGGGUAUUUCAUUCACACCUAGGGAAAUCGGCCAGCACGUGGUGUCUGUAAAAAGAAUGGGCCAGCAUAUCGUCAACUCGCCGUUCAAGAUAACGGUGGGUGAGCGAGAAGUCGGUGAUGCAAAAAAGGUGAAAGUCACCGGCAACGGGUUGAAAGAAGGCAAAACGCACGUGGAGAAUUUGUUCACGGUGGACACUAGGAGCGCCGGUUAUGGUGGAUUAUCGCUUUCUAUUGAAGGCCCCAGCAAAGCAGAGAUCCAGUGUAAGGACAAUGAAGACGGUACAUUGACCAUAUCAUACAGGCCCACGGAACCGGGAUACUAUAUCGUGAAUCUGAAGUUCGCCGACCAUCAUGUCGACGGUUCGCCGUUCACCGUUAAAGUCACCGGCGAAGGAAGCAACUGUCAGCGUGAGAAGAUCGAACGAAGGCGGGAAGCCGUACCUCUCACGGAGGUGGGUAGCAACUGCAAACUCACGUUCAAGAUGCCAGGUGUGUUGCCAUAUGAUUUGUCGUCGACGGUGACAUCGCCAUGUGGCAUCACGGAAGACGCCGAAAUCAACGAAAUCGAAGACGGCCUCUACGCUGUACACUUUGUCCCGAAGGAAUUGGGCGUUCACACAGUAUCGGUCCGGUACAAGGAAGUCCACAUACCUGGAUCGCCGUUCCAAUUUACCGUCGGUCCUAUGAGCGAUGGCGGAGCUCACCGCGUACACGCUGGAGGUUCUGGUCUGGAACGUGGAGAACAAGGACAACCAUGCGAGUUUAACGUGUGGACCAGAGAGGCCGGUCCGGGCUCACUAGCCAUAUCGGUCGAAGGUCCUAGCAAGGCGGAAAUCGAUUUCAAAGACCGCAAGGACGGCUCAUGUUAUGUCAGUUACGUCGUAGGCGAACCAGGAGAAUACCGAAUCGGUAUUAAGUUUAACGACCAGCACAUACCGGACUCGCCGUACAAGCUGUUUAUGUCACCAGCAAUGGGUGACGCGCACAAGCUUGAAGUGGCGCAAUUCCCGACGUCUGGAGUCCAAGCCGAUUACCCAGCUCAAUUCAUGGUUCGUAAGAACGGUGCUGUCGGUCAACUGGACGCCAAGGUGGUGUCGCCGUCCGGUGCGGAAGACGACUGUUUCAUCCAAUCAAUCGAUCAAGACAUGUACUCUGUCCGUUUCAUGCCCCGCGAUAAUGGCGUUCACAACAUACACGUCAAGUUCAACGGGGUUCACAUUCCAGGAUCACCGUACCGCCUGAAGGUUGGCAAAGGAGACGCCGACCCUGCUGCCGUGCACGCCACGGGCAGUGGUCUGGGAGACGUCAAGACAGGACACAAGACGGAUUUCAUUGUGGACACUUGCAACGCGGGUGCCGGUACAUUGGCUGUAACCAUUGACGGACCAAGUAAGGUUUCUAUGGACUGUACCGAAGUCGAAGAGGGCUACAAAGUCAGGUACACGCCGCUGGUGCCAGGCGAAUAUUACAUCAGUUUGAAAUACAAUGGAUAUCAUAUUGUUGGUUCACCGUUCAAAGUCACUUGUACUGGUGAGGAUUUGGCUGAGCGCGGGCCACAAGAAACAAGCUCGGUGGUUGUGGAAACCGUACACAAAGUGUCUAAAGCUCACAAGGGAGGGGCUGGUGUUGUUCUGCCGCACUUUAAGUCAAACGCCACACUCGUCACCAGCAAAGGAAUGGGCUUGAAGAAAGCGUAUGUGGGGAAACAAAAUCUGUUCAGCAUAAGCGCUUCUGACGCCGGUAACAAUAUAUUAUUCGUUGGUAUUUACGGACCCAAGGGACCGUGUGAAGAGAUAUUUAUCAAACACAUGAAACAGAACAACUACCAAGUGAGCUAUAUCGUCCGAGAACGUGGCGAAUACAUUCUACUGGUCAAGUGGGGUGAUGAUCACAUACCUGGCUCACCAUUCAAAAUCGAUACCUAAAUCUAAUGAAAAAAAAUAAAAACAUUAAAAAAAAAAUAAUUAAAAUAAAAAAUCCAAUAUUUCGAAGCUAGAAGACAUCGAUUUAAUCAAUCUAGGGUGAACAGGUGGACACAUAUCAUUAUCAUUACCAUAGUCAAAAAAAAAUAAGAAGAAACGUGCAACAGGUGUCCAUCUGUCAGGAUAAAAAUACGGCUCUACCAGAUUUAUGCUGUAAUUAUUUAUUAUUUCUCGCUUCCGACUUUAUAUUAUUGUCAUUUACUAGUAAUACCUACUAAAAAAGAAAAAAAAACAGUUUCAUUUUUAGCUAAUAAUUAUUUACGUUUAUUCGAAUUUUGAAUCUUACAUUAUUUAUUUUAUAUACUACUCAUCGUGACUAUAUAUUACAUACAUUUUAUAAUGUUCGUUAGUCAGAAUAUUAAUCAUUUAAUUAAUUUAUAUUAUAUUAUUAUUAUUAUUAUUAUUAUUAAACAUGAAAUAAGUUAGUGUUCAACGAAACGUUCCGUAAAAUGUAAUAAUGAUUUGCCUGAAACAUAAUUAUCUAAUAUUAUAUAUAUCUACUUCGAAAUAGUCAAUAGCGUCCGUCGUCUAACUAAUUAUUAAACAACGUUCAGCGUGGUAUAAGGUAUACUUAACUUAUGGCUAACCACUUCAUAUCUUCGUUAUUUGUACUGAUUCAAUAUGAUUUUAUACAAUAUACAUUAAUAUUAUAUCUAAAUAUAUUUAUACAAAAUGGGAUGCCUGUAAAUAAAGAUUCUAUAUCAUUACGUUA